CUGCCUGGCGCUCCACAUCAGCGUGCCCCCGGGGCCUUUUGCGGCGGGGUGCCGCGACGCGGCCCCUGGCGAGCGGCGUCGCACCGCGCUCGCGUGGGCGAAAGAGAAAGGCGCCACGGAGCACCUGGAUUGGUUUCCGGGGGGCGUGGGCCAGUGCACCGCCUGGGACUUCCAGUCGCUGCUGCGCCAGCUCGGCGUGGCCCAGUGCGCGCUGCCCUGCGCCCCGGAGCGCGCCGAUGUCGAGCGGCAGCAGCGCGCGCUGGGGCCCCUGCAGAUGGGCGAGGCCCAGGCGCACGACUUCGGCGCCGCCGAGCUCGAGGAGCUGCCGGCGAGCGCCGGGGCGCCCGACGGCCCGGCCACCGCCGCGGGCGCGUCCGACUGCGAGGGCGCGGCGGAGGGCAGCCUUUCCCAUCGCUCCGUGGCGUGGCUUCCCGAGAGUGGGUUCGCGAAGCACCCCGAGUGGCACGCGGGAUUUCCCAGCGACGCGCCCUUCCAGGACGUCCAGAUGAUGCUCCACUCCCUCGGGGAGGGGGGCUGCGAGAAGCCGUGCCAGAACGCGCUCGUCGUGCCCGGCGGCCAGUUUGCCGGCGACUGGUGCUCGAAUUCCAUGAAGUGGCUGAGGAAUUUCGGCUUCGAUCAGCACCCCGACUGGUGCCCGAGCCUCGGCCCCGGGUCCGCCGACAGGGAGGUGCAGGCCGUCUUGCGCCAGCAAGGCGAGGCCCAGAGCCCCGGGCCGUGCUCGGAGCACGACGCCGUCGACGCGCUCGAGGAGCCCGCCGCGGCGGUGGGGCCAGCGACGGAACCCGAGCCCCAGAGGGCGGCGAAGCUCGCCUGCAGCAACGCCGAGGAGGGCGCGGCCUGCUUCGACGAGGUUGUGGCCCAGACGGCGGGGGUCAGGGGUCGCCCAGAGCGGUGCCCGGGCAUCGCGAACACCUCCAGCUGCGAGGAGGUGCAGGAUAGCAUCUUUGACCGCAUGCUUGCGGGUUGCGCCAGACCAUGCCCCGCAGCGCACUCGGCGCGGGUGCUGGCCGACGGCGGCUCCUGGGUGAAGAAGCCAUAUGGGGGCAUGGCGAUGGGGGAGCUGAAGGCCUGCAUGGACGGCGAGUGGGAUGGCAUGGUCGACGCCGCGGCCUGGGGCGCCGCGUCGACCGCAGCGGCGGUGCGCGCCGCAGAGGCCGCCUCGGAGGACCUCGCGGCGCGCGCCCUGGAGCUUGCGCCGCGGGCGCCCGAGGGGCCGUCGGCUGCGCGGGGCGCGGGCGAGAUCGCGGCGGUGCACUCGUUCGAGAGGGGGCCGAGCGUGCCGGCGGAGGCCUCGGCCGGAGAGCGCGCCGCGGCGACCACGGCAGCCGAGGGCGCACCCUCGCCAGAGGUGGACCUGGAGCCUCCCGUGAACGACUUCGCCGCGGAGCUGGUUGACGUCGAGCUGGAUGGGGCUGCGGCGAGGGCAGAGCGGUGCGAGCGGGCUGCCGAGGGCAACGCCUCCGCGCCUGCCGGGGAGCUGAGCGCCGCGGGCGAGCCGUCCGAGGAGCGGGGUGGCGCUGCCCGGCAGCUCGCCGGGUCUGCCGGGGAGGAGGGCAGCGCGACCCUGCCCGCCCAGGGGCAGAGCAACGCGGGCCAGCUUGCUGAGGUGCGCAGCAGCGCUGCCAUGUCUGGCAGUGAACGCGGCGACGCCGGCGAGCCUCUCGAGGGGGGGAGCGGUGCGGUCCACGCUGCCGACGACCGCGAGCCCAUCGAAGGUGGGAGCGGCGCGACCCACGCUGCCGACGUCGAGAUGGUGAGUCCGGAGCCGCUGCCCCUGGUCGCCAGCGACGAGGCGGUGCUCUCUGCGGUGGAGGGGCAAAUUCUUGAAGGGCAGAAGAACAGUGGCGGGCAGAAACUUCUCAAGGAUAUCAUUUUGAUCGCCGACAAGCACGCGGAUGCUCCCGCCGAGGUCGCCAACGAGACUAGCGAGGCGCUGGAGGGGGACCUUUCGAAGAAGGUGUCCGCCAGUGCCACGCGCGCAGGGACGGGGGGCAGCAUCCAGGCGGAGGUCCUGACGGGGAUGACAGCCAGCGCCGCGCCAGCAGAUAUUUCAGCCGAAACUGCGAACGAGAGUCAAGAUGAUCGUCCGAAGGCAGUGUCCGUCAGCACCGCGCCUGCGGAACCUCCUGCAGGCAUGUUCAGAAGGAUCCGGGAGAUGGUCCGGAAUUGGAUGACCGCCACCGCCACGACCGCUGAGCCUCCCUCCGACAAGGCGCCCCAGAUAGGGGAGGAUGCACUCCUCAAGGAGAUAGCUGCCAGCACACCCGUGGAGACCCCAGCCGAAAACGAGAGCAGUGCUGGGGAGGAGCUCCGGCGGGAGUCUGCCGCUGAGACCACAGUGCCUCAUGCGGUGCAGGUGGGCUGGUCGGGGAACGAG